GUGGGAUGCACCUUCAGGCCGAACAUCAGCAAGAGCGAGCGGAGCCGUACCGCACAGGCCCCGGCCCCGACGCCUGUGGGUUUCAACGAGUGCAAGCAGCGGCUGAGGAAGGCCUUCGCCGGCCAGGCGCAGAGGCGCCAGAUCCUGGAGUUUAGGAGCGAGAUCAACAUUCC